AUGACUAAGGCGCACAGCACAGCACGACCGCUUCCAGUGCUACCACCUCCUCAUCUAGUUGGAGCCAGGCCUUAUUUACCACCUUUGGAAAGUUUGCAUCCAUCGCCACAACCGCAAUUCUUUCCUGGAGCAUUUCCACCUGGAUCCCUUCCCGAGCGGUCCCAUGCUGCUUAUGUGAGCCCUCCACCUUUCACGCCAUCCCUGGCACAGGGUGUGGCUCCUCCGCCUCCCCAGACGUAUCCAGUCUAUCCUGGACCAGUGUCAUCUUUUCCACCGGUAGGACAAUCAGGGCCAGUGACGUCUUUUUCCCACCCAGCGCUUUAUCCUCAGAAAGCCUCAUUUCAAUCAAAGAACCCAGGUACCGUUUAUGAGGCGCUCAGUCCCGUUGAAUAUAGUCAACAGUCGCCCUAUGACCUUGGAACGCCCCAGUCGGUCUUCCGCGAGACUUCGUAUCCCCAGAAUCCUUAUCAGCCGGCACCAGUCAGACCUUUACAGAGCUCAACUGGAUCCCAUCAAAGUUCCGAGGCGCCCUCCUCGAGUGGACAUGCGUCGCUGGGUAGCACCAGGCCCUAUUCUCACACAUCUUCCCCUUUUGCUUCCACCGGACUACUCGGGCCAGGCGGUCAGCAGCAAGAGACAAACGACAUGCAAGACCGUUACAUCCUUACCAUUCGUCAGCAGCCUAUAGCAGCGCGAGCCUGUGGCUUUGGCGAAAGGGACCGCCGGGUAAUCGACCCUCCGCCCAUUGUCCAGCUCUCCCUGAAGGACUUUGACCCUGCCUCCCCAGCAGACGUUCAUGACCUUCAAUAUCCCUGGAAUAUCAUGCACUGUGCGCUCCUCUCCGCCUCCUCGGCGGACGUGGCCCAGCGCCAACCCACCUCGUCCCCAGUCUACCCCCCCACACCGAGUGCAGACGUGACCACAGUGCCGGACCCGCAUUCUGCAGAUCGUGUGACCCGUCGGCUGAUGGGAACAUUAGUCUAUUCCCCCUUUGUUGGCACGGACCCGGAUUUUGCUACCUCUGGAACCCAGGCUGCUAAUGUCGGUGUCUUUUUCAUCUUCUCGGAUCUUUCUUGCAGACAAAAUGGACUUUACCGCCUCCGAUUCACUCUGAUGAAGGUGCCUGUUGGACCGGAUCUUAGUGAGGCUACCCCAGGAAGUGUGCGUGGGAGCAUCGACUCUGAUGUUUUCGAGGUGUUCUCUGCCAAGGACUUUCCUGGUAUGAGAGAGAGCUCAAGACUGAUUAAAGACUUGAAAAGGCAGGGUGCGAGUGUAAGUGUGAGGAAGGGAAAGAGCGGCAUCGCAGGCUUGGAAGCGGAGAGGGAGCGAGAGAAGAGGGCAAGCAGUGUCAGUGGAAGCGGAGAGGAGGAUGAGGAAGACGCAGGCGUCAAAGGAAGAACCAGGGCGAAGAAGAGAAGAGCAUAG